AUGCCAGAGCUUCGCCCCAAGAAUGUUUUGAUUUCAAGGUAUGACAAAACUCAAACGUUGCCCAACAAGCAGACGAUGGUCCAUUUGUUUGAAUGGAAAUGGCCAGAUAUAGCUGCGGAGUGUGAGAAUUUCCUCCAACAUUAUGGAUACGGAGCUGUUCAGAUAUCUCCUCCCAAUGAUCACAUUCUUCUGUCUCAGGACAAUGACAUGCCAUGGUGGGUAAGAUACCAACCAGUAAGUUAUAAGCUUGCCUCACGAAGUGGGAAUGAAGCUCAAUUCAAAGACAUGGUAGAGCGGUGCAACAAGGUUGGAGUAAGAAUUAUCGUCGACGUUGUGAUGAACCACAUGGUUGGAGUGGGCCAGAAAUCUGGUGUCAAUGGGCGCUGCUCCAGCGCUGGCAGCACAUUUGACGGGACUGACGGUGUUGAGUCAUUCCCUGAUGUACCCUAUACGAAAUCUGACUUCAAUGAUUUCCGAUGUCAUGGCGACAUUCAGAACAGCGAUUAUCAGAACAGUGCUGAACACGUGGGUGGUCGUUCCUUCUUCUCCACGUUUCGUUUCUUUCAUUUUUCCAAACAAAAAGAAGUAGGUAAGAAUCGCAAGCAGCCUUGCUCCCUUUUUUCGACGCCAAAAACGCCUACUAAGAUGUCAAGAACGUAUGAUAGUUCGUAA